AAGCUGUUUCAAUCGCUUUCGAGGAAUGAUCUCCUCUUCCCUGCCCAGCAUUUCGUUUCUUGCUGUUGGUCCUUCCUUUUUUUACGCGAGAGAACGCGCAGACUGCAACUCCCAGGAAGACUUGUUCUUCGUCUUCAUACUAACUACCAUCAACUCCAUCUACAGCCUCAAAUUUCCUCCUCGGCUGUUCGUAAGGCUUCUAAGAUGAGUGACGAUUUAUUGGAGAAGGUGAGUGCUUUUGGUGAACGCCUCAAGAUUGGAGGUGCGGAGAUGGGUCGAAAAAUGACUGCUGGGAUGAGUUCUAUGAGCUUCAAGAUGAAAGAGCUGUUUCAAGGUCCGAAUCAAACGGAUAAAAUUGUUGAGGAAGCUACUGCAGAGACGCUUGAAGAACCCGAUUGGGCCAUGAACCUAGAAAUAUGUGACAUGAUAAAUCAGGAAAAGAUCAAUAGCGUGGAAUUGGUUCGUGGUAUAAAGAAGAGGAUUAUGGUGAAGAGUGCUAGGGUUCAGUACUUGGCCUUGGUGUUACUCGAAACAUGCGUCAAGAAUUGUGAAAAGGCGUUCUCGGAAGUGGCAGCUGAGAGGGUUCUUGACGAGAUGGUGCGGCUGAUUGAUGACCCUCAGACUGUUGUUAACAACCGCAAUAAGGCUUUGAUCCUGAUUGAAGCUUGGGGUGAAUCAAGCAGUGAGCUACGGUAUCUGCCUGUUUAUGAAGAAACAUACAAGAGCUUAAAAUCUAGGGGCAUCCGGUUCCCUGGUCGUGACAAUGAGAGUUUGGUACCUAUCUUCACCCCUCCUCGUUCCAUUUCAGCACCAGAAGUGGAUGCCAAUCUGGCAGAGCAGACUCAUCAUGAAGUUGCUGUUGAAAGCCUUACUGCUGAGCAAACGAAGGAAGCUUUUGAUGUGGCCAGGAAUAGCAUUGAACUUCUCACUACAGUUUUAUCUUCAUCUCCUGGACAAGAUGCUUUGAAGGAUGAUUUGACCAGUACCCUUGUCCAGCAAUGUCGGCAGUGCCAGUCGACUGUCCAAAGAAUCAUUGAGACGGCAGGGGACAACGAGGCCUUGCUUUUUGAAGCUUUAAAUGUUAACGACGAGAUUCUGAAAGCUCUGUCCAAGUACGAAGAGAUGGAGAGGCCAUCUGCGGUGCAUUCUGAACCUGAACCUGCCAUGAUCCCAGUCGCAGUCGAGGCCGAGGACUCCCCAACUCAUGCAAAAGAAGCAGAUGCAUUGAUCAGAAAGCCAGCAGGCUCACGGGUCGGGGCACAUGGGGAGGGGAGCAACGAUGACAUGAUGGAUGAUCUCGACGAAAUGAUAUUUGGGAAGAAAGGCGGCACCAACACAUCAUCGGAAGACCCAAAGAAGCCACCUUCAUCAUCAUCAUCAUCCAAGGACGAUCUCAUCUCCUUCUGAGUACAAACGUCGUGCUGCUUUCAAGGAUGAUCCUUUCUCAUGGUGUCGAAACACGAACCGUCCUAUGUUUGAGUUCGAGUCGCUGUGAUUAGACAUUGUUUAGGAAUUGGGGAUUUCACUAAAGCCGUUACAAGAUUGAAUGUUGUUCUGUUGCAGGACAUUGGCUGCAAGCGCCCUCAGGCUGUAUUUGAAGAGUAGUGCUGGCCUGUUAUUAAUAACUGAUCGAAGUACUCUAAAAAUCCUAAAACAUAAAGCUAUGUAUUACCAAAACGGCACAACAUUGUCAGCUUGCGCCCUGAUCAUUUUGUCAAAACGACGCACGCAAAUUACAGCUAGUUAACUUGUGUAAGACGGUAAGAGUGAGAAUCAAUCAAAAGAAUGAAAACAAAAAAAGUAAUUAUCA